AUGAACUCACGGUUGCGGCACUGGAGGGAAGCGGCUACGGUGCUGCUCGUGGCGGGCACGCUGGGACGGCUGCCGCGUUCCCCGCUCGGCCCCUUUGACUAUGAGUUGCUGCUACUGCAACGAAGCUCCCGCAGCGGCUUCAUGCCCAGCGCCCACGUCUUUCCGGGCGGUUUGGUGGAGGCGGCGGAUUUCUCCGCGGACUGGCUGCGGCUGCUGCCCGCCGCGCCUCACUGCGGGCUGGGCCUCGUCAGGCCGCCGCUUCUCGGCAGCGCCCGCUCCCCGCUGUUCGCCACCGACCGGCAGCAGCUGGGCUCGCCGGUGCCGGGGGAAGUCGCCUUCCGCAUCUGCGCUAUCAGGGAAACUUUCGAGGAGGCGGGAAUCCUGCUGCUGGUGCCGGGGCCCGGUCCGGCGGAGGGCGACGCGCCGGCUACCCCUCUACCGGCGGAGCGCCUUCCCCCGGCCGCGGAGCUGGACGAGUGGCGACGCCGGGUGCAGGAAGACCCGGUGUGCUUCUUGCAGCUCUGCCGACACCUGGGCUGCGUGCCCAACAUCUGGGCGCUGCACGAGUGGAGCAACUGGCUGACCCCCGCGGGCAGGGCCGGCGGCCGGCGCUACGACACGGCUUUCUACCUGUGCUGCCUGCAGCAGCGGCCGCCCCGCACCUCACAGGACGAUCGAGAGGUGACAGCCUUCCUGUGGUCAUCACCUGCAGAAGCAAUUGAAUGCUUUAAAUCUCAAGAAAUAUGGAUUGCUCCACCUCAGUUCUAUGAGUUGUGCAGAUUGUGCAACUUCUCUUCACUCUCUCAGUUAUACAAGUUCAGCUCCCAACGAGCUCUAGAGGGAUGUGAACGUUGGAUGCCUGUGACCUUACAUGCUUCAGAUGGCUAUGUUCAGCUAUUGCCAGGAGAUGAGUUAUAUCCAGAAAAUCCAGAUUAUACAGGAGAAAAGAAAGUAGUCAUGACAACAGAUAAGAAGAUUGAAGAUCUCAUGAAAGAGGGUAGUGUAUUCCACAGGAUAGUAAUAAAAAACAUCAACAAUCUUGCUGUCCAUGUUAAUAUUCAAGCAAAACAUAAACAUUUGAAUCCAUUGAUGAUCAACUCUGAUUGUUCAAAUUGCAGUAGCAGAUUAUAAUAUCUGUGUGAUUUAAAGCUAGAAUGAUUUUAAUUGCAUUGCUGCUUUCUUCCUUGGUUUGGAUUAUUGGUUGGUUAGUCGGUUUUGUCUUUUUUGUGCAGUAAGUGGGAUAAAUCAAGCAGUGAUGCAACUUCUUGUUUAUCUAGAAGAAUAAUGAAUGGGGACUUGAGAUUAGCCAGUAAAGUUGUUCAGAAAGCUUUGUUUCAGCCAUUGUUCUGUAUAUCAAUUAAAAU